AUGGAGAGUAUAUUUCAUGAAAAGCAAGAAGGAUAUUUGUGCGCGCAACAUUGUUUGAACGCUCUUCUACAAGGUUCUUAUUUUACCGCGGUAGAUCUUGCUAAUUUUGGUCAUCAAAUGGACGAGGCAGAACGUAUUAGAAUGGCCGAGUCAGGUAUCGAUAGCGAGGAUUAUCAACUUUUCCUAGAGCAACCGUCCGAAAAUAUGGAUGACAGUGGAUACUUUUCCGUUCAAGUCAUUAGCAGUGCUUUAAAGAAAGUUUGGAGUUUGGAGUUGGUUCCAUACAACAGCACAGAACCUGCCGCAAUGAUGGCACAAAAUGAUCCUUCGAAAAUGAAAGCUUAUAUCUGCAAUUACAAAGGGCAUUGGUUUACGAUACGAAAGAUUGGAACACAAUGGUUUAAUCUGAAUUCGAUGCUCACCGGACCACAGCUUAUAUCAGACACAUAUCUAGCGAUGUACUUGGCUCAAUUGUUACAAGAAGGUUAUUCGAUUUUCAUUGUUAUUGGUACGCUUCCACAAUGUCCUGCGGAUGAAAUAUUAAUGAAGAAUCCAAUAAAAAUGCCACCAAGAACGAAGGAAAGUGUUAAAGAAGAGAAACCUAUGACCACAGGAUAUCGCUUGGGUACCAAAGAAGAAGACGAAGUUAUGAAGGCAGUUCGUGCUCUAGAAGAAAUUAAAGUUCCCUCAUCUUACACUUCUAAUAUGUCCUCAAAAUUUAUGAAUUCAUCCUCGGACCAUAAAAAAAAUAACUUGCCCAAAGAAGGGAUAUCGUCUAAUGAAAAACCACGUGAAAGAAUAAUUCCUAUAAGGAUAGAAGGAAAAGAUGAUCUAGAUGAAGAAAAUGAGGAAUUGCAAAAAGCAUUACGCUUAAGUUUACAAGAUAAUGAAGAUGACAUAGACAAGAAUCUAAAUUUAAGAUUGGAGUCUCAUGCUGAUAAUAAGAUAUCACCAUCAACAGAAGUUGAUGAUACGGAUCAAGAUGAUGAAUUAAGGAAAGCCGUACAAUUAAGUCUUGAAUGUGUAACAGCUCCACCAACACCAGAUUUAGAAGAUUUGCGUUGGCGUCGAUUAAGUCAUUUUGGGGUAUACUCUAAAACAUCAAAUAACGAAACUUCUCCAAAAUUAAAUUCUUAAUAAUAAAUAUUAAUAUUAUGAUAACAUGGCUAUUAAAAAGAUUUAUCUUGUAAAUUACAAACUAAUUGUUUAGAAAAAAAGAGAGUGUCAUUUUAUGUACUAACAAUUAAAAAUCUAAUGAAUGUAUAAUGAAUAGAUCACGCGCUAGCGUGGAAUUUAUAAACAGCACAUAUGUAAAUACGAAGUAUAUAUGUAUGUAUGUAUGUAUGUAUAUAUAUACACGUACCACAAAUUUUUUUAAUAGUUAUGUUUCUUAUAUUUUUCUUCUAAUUUUAUUAUACUCUGACUGUUCAUAAAAUAAACAUGUUCGGACAAUG